AUGGCAACUUCUGGCGGCAGCUCUGCAUCGCGCUCGCCGUGCGGACUUCGUACACACUCCGCACACACUCCGGACAGAUGUCCUGCUAGCGAGGAUGCGAAACCAGUUUUUGAUGAGAGGACGUUGCGUGGUGGCAUGUGCUGCGAGGAGAUUGCCGUGGCACAGAUGCGCAAGGGAACAAGCCUGAUUCGCGAACACAGGGGACAAGAUCCUGGCUGUCUAUCAUCCCGAUCUGGCUGUAUCCAUCAUGCCAUCAUCGGAAAAACCUCUGCUGAUCUCUGCACAUUAUUACGUUGCCCGAGCAUACUGCUGGGAAACGGAAACUCGAAGGCUGGCGGAUGCAGCGCGGUACAAUGGACACCAACGACACGUACCCCUGCAAGUAGAGGUGUGCAACUGGGUGUCAUUUGCGGUACCUUCAGACUUCUGCAGUUGGCUGGUGAACCGCUGGGGAGACUCAAAUCGAACGCCAGGAUCGUCCGUGUUGAGGCGACUUGCAUGAAACCAGGCCGGCUGCACCGACCACUUACGAAUCGUCAAGACUCUUCAAAUGUUUGUAUCCCCUCUGUUCUCGGCCCCAAGGCGGGUAAAGAUCUAGAUCUCUUCGGCGACUUUCUUAUUCCAAUUUCGACACACCUCGUCAAUUCCCCAUCAACCCUGCUUUUGGCAGGAACACCACGUCCGCUCCUUCUCUCCACCCAUUUCACUCAAGACCCUGCCCUUUUGGCCCUCAUUUUCAGCUCAUCACCCAUGCUUUUCCACUGCAAAUCCACGUACGCUAGAAUCUAGACUCUUCACCGGCCGUUCCUAGCCUUAUCUUGAGCUUCGAACGGCUCUUGUCGAGCACAGCCACUCAGCCACCCUACUGCAUCUUAUCAUCUAACGUAGAACAGGAGACGAUAGUAAUUUAAGACAGCAAUUGGCAUUUCGUUGCCACCCUCCCUGAUUCUAGCAGAAGAUGUCACUGAUCACAUCUGCCCUGCUGACGUUCC